ACAUCUGAAUUAUCAUUGUCCAAAAAAAGAAGGAACAGCUUGGAACUUUUGGUCAGAAUGGCAGUGGCUACAGGUGUUCUGUGCUCCAGGGCGUUCGCUCUCUGCAUGGCUUGUGUUCUCCUGGCCGUGCCAUUGCUGGUGGCUCAGGAUCAUUCGAAUCUGAGCUUGGAGCACUACUCAAAGACAUGCCCCAACUAUGAGCAUGUCGUCCGGACUGAGAUGGAAUGUGCAGUUCGUGCCGACCCUCGCAAUGCUGCUCUGAUGCUUCGCCUCCAUUUCCAUGACUGUUUCGUCCAGGGUUGCGAUGGAUCAGUGCUGCUCGACGACACUGCGACCUUGAUCGGAGAGAAGAAGGCAGAACAGAAUGUGAACUCGCUGAAGGGAUUCGAGCUGGCCGAUAAGAUCAAGCAGAAGCUGGAAGCUGAGUGCCCUGGAACAGUUUCCUGCGCGGACAUGCUUGCCAUUGCAGCGAGGGACGCGGUUGUCCUGGUUGGCGGGCCUUACUGGGAUGUCCCAGUUGGAAGAUUGGACUCCAAGAAGGCAAGCCUGGAACUAGCAAACAGGGACAUCCCCACUGCUCAGCAGGGCCUCGUCACCCUCAUUUCCAAGUUCUGGGAGAAGGGCCUUGAUGCUACUGACAUGGUAGCCCUUGUCGGAUCACACACGAUCGGAUUUGCCCGGUGUGCCAACUUCCGGGACAGGAUCUACGGCGACUACGAGAUGACGACCAAGUACAGCCCGGCGUCGCAGCCGUACCUGAGCAAGCUGAAGGACGUGUGCCCCCAGGACGGCGGCGACGACAACAUCAGCGCCAUGGACAGCCACACCGCCGCCGCCUUCGACAACGCCUACUUCGAGACGCUCGUCAACGGCGAGGGCCUCCUCAACUCCGACCAGGAGAUGUGGUCCAGCGUCCUCGGCUACUCCACCGCCGACACCGUCAGCAAGUACUGGGCCGACUCCGCCGCCUUCUUCAAGCAGUUCUCCGACUCCAUGGUGAAGAUGGGCAACAUCACCAACCCCGCCGGCGGCGAGGUCAGGAAGAACUGCAGGUUCGUCAACACAUGAUUGAGAGAAGCAAGCUGGGAGAAAAAAAAAUUGUCUUGUUUCUUUUUUGAUGGCCGUACUGAAAAUAAGAAGAAGAAUGGUUGGCUGGGAUGCUGUUCUUGGUAUAAUAUGCAUUUGUCAAUUUGUCAUCGCUCUACAAAAUACUAUGUUACAUGAUGUACUCCUGGGUUUUUGCACAGACUUUUUUAUCUGUACUUGAGAAAUGGAUUGAGAUGAUGUUUUAGCCAGUUUGGUCUUUGGUGCACCUACCAUUU